ACUUUUUGACAGUCGAUCGCUCGCGAACCGUCAUCAUCGUCGUCUCGGAGUUUCUGUGCGAAAAAUUUUGUCAUCAUCCGUGUUCCGCGGCGAUUGUCCGCAGGUUUUUCCAUCAGAACCUCCCCCAAAGUAGGUGGUAGCCUUUAUUCGUUCGAUCCGCCGCCGCUGCACGGUUUCGCGUUCCGUUCCGGUUCGGUGUGUCCGACGCGUCGCGAGUGAAAUUUCGGGUCUGUUUUUGGGGCGCCAAGGAAAAUCUGCAUCAUCGCGGUCGGGGGGCAGCCAGCAGAUUUGAUAAGCGAGAAAGUAGUGUCAUCAUCAGCACUGGUACUGUAGGCAGGCCAGCCUGCUUCGGAGCAAUAUUUGUGGAAGGAAAAGUGGUGGCCAAGGGAAUCGUUCCGGAAGGGGAAACGAGUGAUGACACUGGAUUCUAGCGUACUGCCGUCGGAGCUGGUCACAACCGCUCAGCCGCUGGUGGGACUGUCCGGAUUGGAUGUGCAGCGAAAUGCCACCCACAAGACGAUUUGGGAUGCGUUCAACAACAGCAAGAAACCGGAAAGCGAGUCAAUCCAGUACAAACUGCUUCCAGCAAACUACGAGUUCCCGGUAUCGAAACCGACACGACAGUCCUACGAAUGGUACCAACCCAAGGGUAUCCUCAAACGAAACUGGAUGCUGAAGCAUCUGCAUGUCCUCCCGGCAGUAGUGGUUCUCUUCCAGGAUCUGGAAUGGAACGAUCCCCAGUGGAGCGAAAAGCAACGGGAUUGCGCCUCCAUAAUUCAAUCACUGAAACAUUCCCUGCAAGGUCGUCACACCCGGCUAGCGGUUGUUCUGCUUCAAAAGGGUGCCGCACUUCCACCACAAAGUGAUGACCUCUUGGCUUCCGAACGAGCCGCCCAUCUAACGAACAAUUGCGACAUCAACGCCAAAAUGCUGUUUGUUUUAACUCACAACGAUCACCUGAUGGGCCAGAUCCUACGGUUACAAUCGGCCUUCCUCGAACUGGCCCAAUCCUGCUACACGCAAAUAAUGAAGCAAAUCCGCUCGCACAAGGAUCAGCUGACAGAGAACCACAAGAUGCUCAAAAUUCGGCAUCUGUUCAAGUUGGGAUUUAUCUCGGAGCUCAAACUGGACCAACUGAAUGCCCUGAAGCACUACCGGCAAACCUACGCCAACCUGGACGAACUCCGGAUCGUCGACACGAACUGUCUCGAAAUCAAAACCAUAGCAGGUUUCGUCAACUACAAAAUCUGUCGGCUGUACUUCAAGGUCAACGCCCCGAAGGAUUCCAUCUCGCACUUCAAAACCCACAUCAACAAGUACCGGAGCCGGGCCGGGUUCAAGGAGUUGGUGUUCGAGCACUGGGCCUGGCUAAGCGUGCAGUACAGUGCCUUUGGGGAGCUGUUUUGCGAGGCCGUAAAAAAUGGGCUGGCUCCGCUGCAGACGCAACACCCGGGAAUCUACUUCCACAAGGCAGCCGAAUACAUCGGCAAGCGGAAGGAAGCAUUCAUGCAGUGUACGGCUCUGGGGCCGCCGCCGACGACGACGAUCGGCGGUGACGGGCAACCGGCAGGACCGGAUGGCAAACAGUCCACGACCAACGCAAAUUCCGCCCUGUACAGUGACUAUUUCGGAAUUCGAGGUACUAAAACGGGAGAACCCGUAUCGGAGCAACAGAUUAUCUGUCUGGUGCAGGAGAUGGAGAAGUCUUACAAUCAUUCGGCGGCCAUUAUCAUUCUCCUGGGCCAGGCGAUGGCCCAGUACAAAGUCUACAAAUGUCUGCGCUUCCGAAAGAAACUUGCCAUCGACAUGGCCGAGGAGUACCUCAAAAGCGGUGACCACUCGAAAGCCCUCACGCUGUACUCGCUGAUGCUGUCUGACUAUCGGGUCGACAAGUGGUACACCAUAUUCACCGAGGUUCUGUUGAAAACCUUACGUUCCGCAUAUCUCUCCGCAUCGGUGCCUCAUUUUGUGGAGUGCAGCAUCGAGGCCCUGUCGCCGCGGAUAGCCAUGGAGAAAGCGGAGCGUAUCUUGAUUCUGGAAAAUCUCUGGAAGGUCUUCCACAACGUGUCUCCGGUGUCUAGCAGUCAGAUAGCUCCGGAGCUGUCCGCAAGCUGGCAAACAGCCCUAACAACAUUCAGUAGUCCCAUCAAACUUGACCUCGAUCGACUGAAUGAUCUGCUCGAGUGCAAGAUCACGUUUGAUCAACGCCAGAUCAAAAAUGAUGAAAAGCUAUGCUUGCGGUUGUAUAUCCGAUCCAUCGUUGAUGUUCCUUUGAAGUUGAAAAACUUCUCCGUCCUUCUGACGGAUCUCAAGUCCAACGCAGUUCGGGUACCGGCCAUACAGUAUUGCGAGUACGAUCCGAACGAACAGCCGGCCAAAGAUGACUUGAAACCGAUUGAGGAAUUCAUUCUGGAACCUCAUAAAUGCUACCGGAUUGUGUUUGUCGGCGAACGGUACCAGUUCAUGGAGAACGUCGAUGUGCACAUUUUCCGACUGGAGGUGCAAAUGGGCUCGGAACGAACGUAUGCGGUGCUGUCGAUGAGAGAAAAGCUCAACAUUCAGAAAGGUUUCAAGAACUACAACCCGCAUCGGGACUGCAUGGAGCAGAUCGCUGUGAUAAGUUCGUGCUACAUUAUUCCAACAUUCCAUCUAGGAUCGCAAACAAAGCAGAACAGUCAACCUAUGUUGACCAACGAGUUCUACCGGAUUACCACGAAAAUUAUGAAUAAUUCGGAUCUUUGCUUACAAAACGUUGGGGUCAGUAUUAGCGUGCCGCAAAACCUGAGGAACAAUGUAUUCCUCACGACCGAUUUGAGCGGUCCUCUGCAGAAAAUUAGCUCCCAAGUACAAAUCGACAUCGGUGAACUUCAAAUGCAAUCCACAAGCAGCGUAUCGUACUACGUUACCAGUCUGAUCGAGGGGAACAUUGAGCUGCGCCAGCGGUUGUACUACCAAACGGAAAAUCUCCACCAAACGAAAGCUGCCGCGGUGCUAGCAAGCAGUGUUACGGAUUCUCCCUCUACCCCCAACAGCGAGAAGGAGGACCUGGCAAAACUCCUGGCCAGUGACCGUACCGGUCAAAAGUACACCAACAGCCACAACGUGAAGAUCGAGUAUCUGAACGAAGAACAGGUGCGCAAGAUCAAGGAGGACACUGUCGUGGUACCAUGCGUUGAGGAGAUCAAGCUGAUCGGUCGGUUCUACACGCUGAGCCGGCAGCCCCUGGCCAGGGCGUACAAGAGCGAAGACUUCCUGCUGAGGGUCAACAUGGAGGUCAAGGCCCCGAACGGCGUGGAUGUUCUGGGGACGCAGUUUAUCAGUGAUCACAACAUAAUCGAAAAGCCCUACAAAGGCCAACAGCGAAUCAGCGGAACCAAACUGCGCCUGGGUACCCGCUUCGAGGACCUUCGGUUGCUUAACUCCAUAAACUGCAGCCGGGAUUGGAUCACGCAAAACGACUAUCUGAACAACGAUGUUCAGCUGACGUUCAGUCGUAGCCGAACCCCCGAUCAUGGUGCUCAGCAGGUGCCUUCGUCGUCCAAUCGUUUGCCACCGGACGACCAGUUCAAUCGAAGUUUGCUGGCAAAACUUCCAACCAAUGCGACGAUUAUCGGUAGCACCAAUGCAAAUCUUACGAACCAGUUCAUCCUCCCACUAACAAGUUCAUCUCCGUCUUUUAAUACUGCUGCCUCGGGAUCUUCUCCGGUGCCCCCACCUCUCCAAACCGUAGGUACGGCAAUGACUUCCUCGACCGGAAGUGCCGACGAUUUCAAGGUGAAACCUCUAAACACCUCCAGUGGAUCUGGAUCGGGUGCAGGUGGGGGUGACUCGCUGCUGCUGGUGGAGGAAUUCGGAAAAAGUAUAACCAAGAUGAAGAACAUCUACAACCACACGAUCGAUUGUGUUCAACUGACCAACAACGAACGAAACGGGUUCGUCAAUGCCGCAUUAUGUGCCGUGUCGCCUGUGGUCGCUCCGGUUGCAGGCGGUGUCUCGAAAGGACGUCCUUCGGAAUCCACGGGGAACGACGUAAGCGGCGGCGCGGCAAGAGAAAAGGUGCUAAUUUUCGGUGUCUACUGCAUCCGGUGGUGUCGCAGUAGUUCUCCCAGUAUGGUCAACGAGUCCAAGUUCGUGAUCAAUGGCAUAGAAGUGAUAGAUCCACCACUGAACAUCUACUGCUACUUGGAGGAGAAGAUGUACGUUCGGGUGCCGAUGACCCUUCGGGUGACGUUAAGGAACCCUACACGAAAAAUCAUACAACUUCAAGCGUUGCUGAAUAGUUCCGAUAGUUUUAUGUUCUCCGGUCACCGGCAGCUGAACGUUACCAUAUUUGCCUUUUCGUCGUACGACCUGCUGUUCAAUCUGUAUCCUUUGAAGGCGGGCUGGCAGCCGCUGCCUGAGUUGCAACUCGACUAUGUCAGCCAAGCGGCCGCAACAGCAACAGCAGCAGCGACCUCAAUCAACAGUGGACCACAAUCCGGGAAGGGAACUCCGAUUCCAGGGGUGAUGGUCAACUCCAGUGAUGCCGCGACUAGCAAUACUCAGCCAUCCGGUGUCGAUUCGUCUGAUUCGACCGGCAGCGACGGUCUGGAGGCAAAACGGAAAGCCGAGCUGGACUCAUUGGUCAAACGGUGGAUGCCCAAAAUGGUUUUCAUUCAUCCGCCAACACGAAAGUGAAGAGCACCACUGGAGAACGUGCUGGCCGUUAACCAUGCCAAUAAUGUCCAACAGCCAGAUGCCACCACCACACACCAUUCGGAACGGGCUGAGGGAUUUACAGCGGAACGGGUGAUUCUUCCUCUAUUUUCCAUUAGUUGUUUAUGAGUCGUCGGUGGUGAUUUGUAGAAAAUAUCUACAUAUUUAGAGCAGGUAUGUAGUCGAUACCGAACACAUGCUAGUGAGUUAUGAUCAACAAACUGUAUUGCAACGGAACCCUUAUCACUAUAUUGGAUAUGUUAUUUGACGACAAAAUCCUACUGGUUACAAGAUAAAAGAAGCAUCGAUUUUCGAAGUGCGAGAAUUUUUAUUGGACCGAAUUCUUUCUAUAGAUAAGCAUAACUUUAGUAAAGUUUGAAAAUUCUGUUUUAAAUCAAUUAUUCUGCGUUCUGUAGUGAUCGGAUACAAUGUUUGAUAGUAAUGCCUAAUAAGUACGAUGGCAGGAGAAAAUUCUGUAAUUAUUACUGUUUAAGACAAACGAUAGGAAAUGAUGUGUAUGACUGAUUGUAGGAUGGAUUUUCAGCUAGCAGCAGUACUCAUUUUGGGAAAUAUGUGAAUGUUUGUCGCCGUCCGAUAGGUGGCGCAUUCUUCCCAAAUACUGUUCUGCCCGGCUGAAACAAUGUAAAUUAGACUAAAAAGAUGUAGUGCUAUUACGAAACAUUAGGAAAGUUGGCAAUCUGUGACGCUAGUGGUUUUGAUGUUACAACCUCCGUAGAGUGUUGAUAGAAAAGUUGAAAAAGAAUACGAGUUACAAUAUUAUUUAUUGAUUUGAA